AUGCAACCUGCAGAGACCGUUCCCCUCUGGCUCGAGACUUCCACGCCCCCUGUUCCGCCCAGGCCAUGCGACCCCAGGAAAGCCAACCGAGACCAAUCACAGCCAAAUGGAUUCAAAGAGGACCCCGUCGACGGUGCAACACUCGGGGGGACCGGGGACGAUGGCCCCGACUCCUCGCAGGACUCAUCACAGACGAUCAUUGACUUGGAUCAAUCCCAGUCUGAGAAGAAAUAUUCAAUCUCUCCAUUGUCGGACGAUCAUCCUCACGAAAGAACUCUGACCCGCUCUGAUUCUAAGCUCUCGCACGCACUGGUGUCUCUGACUAGCCCAGAUCUGAAUAUGAAGCACUCUAUCCCCACGUCGUUGGAGACCGAGUUAAGAGAACGAGUGCAGAUCCUGUGCGGGUACCCCGAGGAAGCAGAAACAGGUUUCGAGCAGAAGAUUGAGGAUUUCGAGGGACUGGACUGCGCUUCCUCGUGCUAUAGUCGUCGCACGUCGCUGGCUAGUACAGGCACUUGGUUCGGAGAAGGACCCCGGUACAGAUCGGCCGAUGAAUUCUCCAUCUGUUCUCCUGUAGCGGCUGGUGUGUUUGACGACAAUGUUCCUCUUCACUCCCCUCGGCGUCAAUCAACGGUGUCACACCGUAUGUAUGCGCCGAGUCGCUUCGGACGCCCGUUCAAGUCAAUCACCCCCACACUGUCCAUGAAUGACCUCAAGAACAAACCUUUGCCUUUGGAGCCAGGCAGUGCGUCUCCCACUCGUCAUUCUUCCACUCGCCGAAGCGACUCUCCCCUUUCCACGGCGUCUCAGCGCUCCCACUCACCUAUGACCGCAUUUUCUCAGAAGGAUAUGCUCGUCUCGCCGCUAUAUCGGAAGUCUACGACGGUGCAGCCUUCUGGAAACCGUCACGCAUGUCAGAGCUGUGGACACAACCGGUUUCGGUCUCGAUCUCGGUCUCGAUCUCGGUACGACUUCAAAGUGGCCGGUCAUCAAGCUCGCCAUGUUCCGACCUUGUCACAGGCGGCUGAAGAGCUGGAAGAUGCUCUGGCGGACUUCGAGGGCGGAGCACACCGAACGCUACUUAUUCUGGACGGGCCCCUUCAGAUCAGUCGCAACAAUGGCGACUUAAUUGCGACCCGACCGGCCCCCCCACCUCCAUCUACCAAGCCUCACUCUUCUCUGUCUCGUUCCGACACGCGGGUCCAGAAACGGACCAACAUGAAACCGAUGGCAGUUCCCAAAGACAAGCCCAAGAAUAAGAAAGAAGAGAAAGACAAGCUGCGACGGAGCAAAGACGAAGACCGAAAAGCCAGUCCCAAAAAGGACAAAAAGAGUCCCAAGUCGUUUUUGAUGCCCUUUCGGAAGAACCAAGACUCCGAGCAGCUUAGCGUCACGGCGGCCCCCGACUUGGAUUCUGCACGGGAAGAUCUGCUUCUGCAAUUACCUCGUCUGCAGACUCAGUUGGACUUUGGAAAUCCGUUUGAUCGGGCUCAACACGCACUGGCCCUGGCUGAAACUCACCCCGUCCAGGCACCCGUUCAGGCACCCGCACCGGCUGAGGCGCCCACUCAGGCCCCCGUUGAGCUGUCAGACAGCUCCACACCGGACGUGCACCUUCGUAUUCCAAAGAAUGAGAGAGUAGUCUCCAAGAUGCGACAGAGCUGGGCUUGGGUGUCGACUGCUCAGGCAAGCCGUGUUCAACUCCCCGAACAUGUCUACGAACUGGAUGCGGCGCCGCCGUCGCCCUGUGUGGUGCUGCCUGUGACGGCCCCCGGGGCCCCCGGUCUUGGCCCGGUGGAGUUCCCCGAAGACCUGCCAAUCGAUCUUGUGUUGUCGGUUAUGAAGAAUAUCGACUCCCUCGAUGAUCUCUUCAAUUUUGUCUUGGUCAACAAAAAGUUUUAUUCCGCGUUCAAACGCAAUGAGCUACCGAUGAUCAAAAAUGCCCUCUUUAAGAUGUCUCCGCCCGCAUGGGAAUUGCGCGAAAUGACUCCGCCCUGGGAAAUGGAGUGGCAAUUGCUAUUGGACCCGGACUCUCAAGUCCCCGAGUAUACGCCGACUCUGUAUUUGCAACGCUAUGCACAGGAUAUCUAUACCCUUGCCAAGCUGAAAGCUCUUGUCUUGGCUCGAUGUGCACCUUUCCUGCGGCGUGAUACCAUUCGCGGUCUUGCCGGUGUGGAUAAUACUCGAGCCGAGGAGGUUGACGAUGCGUUCUGGCGCGUCUGGACUUUCUGUCGGAUUUUCGGUAGCGGGAAGAACCGCGAGGCUGAUAUCAUGGGUCAAAUGGAUUGGCUGAAGGGUGGUGUUAUGGCGCGGAGUAUCAUCAACUCGAGUUCCACCAUGUCCGAACCAUUUGGUAUGAACAAUGUCCUCUUUGAACCACCCGAAGGAUUCGGUCGGGGUAACCUGGGAGGUCUGUCUCAGAGCCAGAUGUAUGAUGUCACCGAGAUCUGGACUUGUAUGAGUGUUUUGCUGCAGCCUCUGCAUGGCAAAUGUAUCGAAGCUCGCAGGGUUGGCAUCUUUGAUGGUAUGCAUGUACCGCAUGGUGAUGCGGUUCGGGAAGAGACCGUUCUUGAGGAAUGGACUUCCUACAUUCUCACACUGGGCCUGUCGGCCGUAUUGACACUCAGUGCAGUCUGCCCAGCUGACACCACAGCAGCAACGUUCAACAAGGCCAAGUCAAUUGGCUUGACGAAAUGGGAGCCCACAGAAACUGAAGUAAGCCGGUCGCCAUUCCUAAAGGAAGCCGUCGCACGCGCGUACGAGCUUCAAGAGCGAAAUCUCUCCCCGCGAUCCAGUAUCUCCGAAGAAAAUCGAAGCAGUAGUCCUCACUCCGACUCGGCUCGUGAGAUUCGCGAGCGCCAGGCUGGUUUCGCCCGCGAACUUGGUCACCGCCGCCGUCUACGCGGGCCAUCCAGCGAGCCCGAAGGUGCAUACUCCUUCUCGGCUGAGCGUCCAAUGUCAGAGUUUAGCGCUAUCGUCCGAAACCUCGAUGGCUCGAUUCGAAUUCCUUCGAUGCAGAAUGAUCCGCCUGUUCCGCCCGUGCCAGCCCUUGUUCUCGAUCGUUGCUCUACUUCUACUUCGGGAUCUGGAUCUGGGUCCGGUAGUAACCCUCAUACACCUACCCAAUCCUCAAACUCUUUUCCUCUAUUCCCACCUCCUCAAACAUAUCCGACUCCGCCGGUGAGAGGAUAUGUGCCUCUUCAACCUCAGGUCUUGGACCCCGUCGAUCGUGCCAUGAACACCAUGGUCAACGAGAUGGGUUUCAGCCCAGAAGACGCAAAGUGGGCUCUUAAGAUUACUGAUACUGGCGAAGGCAUCGACGCCACUGCUGCUAUUCAACUGCUUGAGCGCCAACGCAAAAAGAACGAGCGUAAUCCUUUCGGAAAGCGAGGCAGUCUAAUGUCUGCCGUUAUCAAACGUCAAAAAUCACAGGAGUCUGGCUGGCGCUGGGCUUGA